UUUAAACGUGUCUAAUGUGCCCACUGCAGGGGCUGAUGGGAGCUUUGAGGACCUGUUAGAAACCACGUGGCCCUCGUCUGAUCUCACAGCUCGUCCUUGUUUGGCCUCAGCUGCAUCAGAGCGCCACUUCUCCCCAGGUUCACCAGAGGAAACACCACUGCACAAAAUGCUUUUCCUCCCAGCUGCUGCUCUGUGCUGUCUGUGUUCAGCACUGGUUACCAUGGCAGCAGAACAGCUGAUUCAGGAGCAGUUAUCACAGACUGGGAGAGCUGGUGAAACAGUUGCCAUAAGCUGUAAAAGCACUGACCAGUGUGACAAAAAACAGAUUUACUGGUACCAGAACACAGAAAAAGAUCCUCUUAAAGUGAUUCUGCGCAUUGAUCUGGCUGAUGGGGCAGUUAAUUCACGCUACAAUCAUCCCCAGAAACAAGAUUUCAAUGCUUUAAGAAAACCAGGUGGCUGUGAAUUGGUCAUCAAAGAUAUUAAACCCCAACUUACAGCCACUUACUACUGUGUUUGUUGGAAAGGUUCCGGAGGAUCCGAUGAGCAGUCCAACAGCUAUCUCAUCUUUGGCUCUGGAACAAAGCUCUAUGUAACAGAUAAGCCGACAGUGAAGCCGGAGGUGACCGCUUACAAAGCAGCAAACAGUACCAGCCUCGGGGGGAGGAGCGCGCUGGUGUGUCAGGCCUCAGGAAUGAUUCCUCCUCUGGUCCAGUUCUCCUGGAAAAGAGAGAAGAACGGCCGGCUGGAGGAUCUGCCUCCUGCUGAGGUGGAGCAGCUGGAAAUCCAAGAGCCAGGACGCAUCACUUCCAUCACGGUGCUCGAUCAGGGUGAUAUCUACUCAUAUAAAUACCUCUGUGAAGUCAACCAUGAGAAAGGCAAAGUGACCGGCCAAAACAAAAUAGAGAUUAGAGGACCUUCUCCUCCCCCACCGCCUCCCCCACGCUGGUUUAAAGAGAGGCUGCUGUGUCUGAUGUACACAGUGCUGAUAGCGAAGAGUCUGGCGUACUUCUGUGGACUCUCUCUGCUCGGGAUCACGAGAAAGAACCAACAGCACACCUGCUAACUGACUGUCUUUAUACAGCUUUUAUCUCUCAAUCACAUUAAAAUUAAACUUCCGCUAAAUUAAACAUGAUGAAUUUAUGCUACUGACAAACUUGAAAUGUUCACUGUCAGCAAUACUUUGCAUUUGCGUGACAUAUUCCUUCACAAUGAAUGUGAUUUAUUGUAGAUAAUUAGAGUUUUGUACACAGUUGUCCUCAUGAGAAAACUUCCUGUCAUCUAUCGCACACAUGAAACAGAAGCUGUUAUUAAUUUUUAAAAACAAAAAUACUUUGCUUGUGUUUGGAGUUCAACAGCUUGUUGUGUUUUAUAGACAGCAACAGACUGUGCCAAGGAAAACACAUUCGUACAAAAGCAGCUUUUAGUAAUUUUAUGUCGUUCAUAUUUUAAAUAUUGUUUUAUUAAUAAUACUUUUUUGUUACUGUAAGAGAAAACAUCUUCUUUUUUAUUAUUUUCAGCUUUCAGCUGUUACAGAUUUACUUCUGUCUGUUUGAAUUAUUCUUUUAUAGUGUCAAAUUUUAAUAAAUCUAUUUCUGCACGAGACUUUCUUCAAGAAAAAAUUAUUUGAAAUAUCGUUUUUCAUUUUUUAUGUCUUCUGUAGCAAAGUAAGCUUACAAAAAUAAUUAUUGUGGAGUAAUUCCCUAUGAAAAAUCUAUGAAAAGCUUUAUAGUUUGUUGUAAACACCAGUAAAAUAUUUCUUUAGAAUCAGAUUUUGAUAUUUUUGACUUAACCGAAUAUAAUAACUGAUUCAUAGAGAAAUAAAAUGGCCAAAAAUAAACAGGAAGCUCAAAAAAAUUGAGUCUGUAAUACUUGUUAAUAAAGUUUUUCAUAUAUGGUUUAUUUUUGAUUCCUAUGCAGUUUCUCUGAGUUCGCUUUAAUGUGGCAGAAACAUUACAACAUUUAAAGCAUCAGUAACAGUGAACAGAAAAUUAUUAACCCACAUCUAACAAAAUCAGUUCUUUAAGUACAAAAAUAUUUUAUUUACUGUAAAACAAAAGCAAAUUGAGAACUCACUUAAGUUUUUUUUAAGAAAGUUACCGAGUCUUUUCAAUUAGAUUAACCUUUAGACCAAGGGUGGCAAACAUGAGGCCCGGGGGCCAGAAUUGGACUUAUUU